AUGCUUUAUGGCCUGGAAAGUGAGUCAAGCGCAAUCUUCAAAUACGAGGAGGAAACCUCAAGAAAAGUGUGUUGUUGUGGAUUAUGGGUAAAUCCCAAGCUGCCCUAUCUUGCCUGUUCACCAGAUGACCUUGUGCGUAAGGAUUAUGUUAUUGAGAUCAUUUCCUUAAAGAUUUUCAAACAGUAUUCUGUACAAGCUGUCACUUCGCUAACCUCCACUAUUCCUAAGGAAGUCCUGAGUAGACAGUGUUUUUGUGUAAAAGAUGGGAAAUGUGUGUUGAAGCGUACCCAUGGUUACUACUAUCAGUGUCAACACAUCCUCAUAGUGACAGGCAGGAAGUUCUGUGACUUUAGUACUUGGGCUUCAUAA